AUGGACAGGAUCCCCGUCGCGCCGCUCAAGUCCAGCAGCUUCUCGGCGGCCACCUCCCGCGAGGAGAAGCUCGCCCGCAACCUCUCCCUCGGCCCCAUCAAGCUCAACGAGCACAUCAAGGAGGCGCAGAAGGAGAAAGCAGCCGCCGUCGACAAUACCGGCGAGGCGGGGGCCGACGCUGUGCCCGAGGAGGCCGCGGAGCCGGACCUCGCCGCGCUGUCGGCGGAGAUUGACGCGUUCCUUGCGGCCCCCAGGGACGGCGACGCGCCGCUGGCCGUGUCGGAGGUGACGCUGGACAGGUUCGCCAGCGCCGUCGAGCAGGAGAUUGCGCAGUCGGAGGGGACCGACAAUAAGUGGGCGCCGAACGAGGCCGGGGAUGCACCGCCGCACCUCGCCGCGAUCAAGCGCCUGGCCGCGCUCGCGUCCGCGCUCACCGCGGACAACACUGCGCCGUGCGGCGCCACCACGUACACCAUCGGGGUGCACCGCGUCACCGGCGUGCUGCACCGCGCCAUGACGUUCGUGGAGGACGAGUUCCACGGGAUGCUGGAGGACCCGCGCGUCGCCAAGAUGGCGCCGCAGGCCGCCGACACGGGCAGCGCCACGGGCCGGUCCAUGAAGCGGCCGCCGUCGUUCGGGCACGGCGCGGAGCUGGACCGCUGCGUCGUGCCGACCUCCUUCGGCGACGCGUCGCCGCCGUUCCCUCCGGAGACCGUGGGCCGGCUCCGCGCCAUGGCGGAGGCCAUGUUCGCCGCGGGGUGCGAGACGGAGUGCACGCAGGUGUUCCUGGUGGCGCGGCGGAAUGCGCUGGACGCGUCGCUGCAGAGCCUCGGGUACGAGAAGGCGAGCAUCGACGACGUGGUGAAGAUGCCCUGGGAGGCGCUGGAGUCGGAGAUAGCGACGUGGAUCAAGGCGUUCCGGCACACCGUCGAGGUGGAUCUCCCCGGCGAGCGCGACCUGUGCGCGCGCGUGUUCGCCGCCGGCGGGCAGCAGAGGUGCCUCGAGCGCGACAUCUUCGCGGACCUCGCGCACUGCGCCAUGCUGCGCUUGCUAAACUUCACGGAGGCCGUGGUGCUGACGAAGCGCGCCGCGGAGAAGCUCUUCAAGGUGCUGGACAUGUACGAGGCCGUCCGCGACGCCGUCCCCCUGGUGGACGCGUUCCUUUUUCCGCCGGCGGCCGACGACGGCGAGGGCGAGGGGGCCGGGGCCCGGGGGCCUGGUGCCACAGCGGACGAAGACGGCGGCGGCAGCGGCAGCGCGUCCACCGCCCUGGUUGACCUGAAUCACGAGCUGGCGUCCGUGCGCACCCGGCUGGGUGAGUCGGCGGCGGCCAUCUUCUGCGACCUGGAGAGCUCCAUCCGCGCGGACGCCGGGAAGCAGCCGAUGCCCGGCGGCGCGGUGCACCCGCUGACCCGGUACCUGAUGAACUACCUCGAGUACGCGUGCGAGUACAAGAAGACGCUGGAGCAGGUGUUCCAGGAGUACCGGCGCCCAGACGACGACGACGACGCGGAGCACGGCGGCGGAGGCGGCGGGGACCCGUUCGCGGCGCAGCUGAUGGAGGUGAUGGAGCUGCUGCACGGCAACCUGGAGGCCAAGUCGCGGCUGUACAAGGACCCGUCUCUGAGCAGCAUCUUCCUGAUGAACAACGGGCGGUACAUGCUGCAGAAGAUCCGGGGCUCGCCGGAGAUCAACGCCGUUGUGGGCGAGGCGUGGUCGCGGAAGCGGUCGACGGACCUGCGGCAGUACCACAAGAACUACCAGCGGGAGACGUGGAGCCGCGUGCUCAACCUGCUGCGCGACGACGGCGUGAUCACCGUGAAGGGCCACGUGCAGAAGCAGGUGCUCAAGGACCGGUUCAAGCAGUUCAACGCCGCCAUGGACGAGAUCCAGCGGACGCAGGGGAGCUGGGUGGUCAGCGACGAGCAGCUGCAGUCGGAGCUCCGCGUCUCCAUCGCCGCCGUCAUCGUGCCGGCGUACCGGUCCUUCCUGGGACGGUUCUUGCAGCACUUCACCGCGGGGAGGCAGACGGAGAAGUACGUCAAGCUCAGCGGCGAGGACCUGGAGGCCAUCAUCGAGGAGCUCUUCGACGGCAACGCCGUGUCCAUGCCCAGGAGAAGGACGUAA